AAUCCCCACUGAUUGAUUUGCAAACUCCACCAACACACGCCCGCGGACGGCACGGAUCGAACAAAAACACGUUUCUUUUCGCGAUCUUAUCGUCGACGGUGACCGACGCAAAGAUGAAGUGUGCCGAGGGUGGCCCGGAACCGGUCGUCAUCGUCGGAUCGCCAGUUGUACGCCGAACGGUGCCACCAGCAGAUCGAAUAAUGGCAACAUCCUUCCUCGUGGUGGUGUGUGCGGCGUUCGCGUUUGUGAUGUUGCAGGCUCCCAGCGGUGGGCGUACGUUGGCGCAGGACCUUUUCGCUUUCCCGGUGGAUGAGGUUCUCAAUCCGUACCAGGAAAACGCUCGCAACCGCACACCGAUCUACUUACCGGGAAAAUGCAGCCCAAAUGAAAUCCUCUACCCUGGCGAUAAUGAUAACGAUUGGGUGUGCGAUUGCCGUCCAGGAUACGUCUACUAUCCACAGAACGACAGUUGUUAUGCGCUCUAUCAGCAGGGCUUCUGCGAGCCUGGGGAGUACGUGGAUCUCGCAAGACCAUCGAUGCUCACGAAAUGCACCAAAAAUGUGUGCCCGGGAAAAAACAAAGUACCGUACAAGGAGCGGUGCGUCGAGUUGCAUCGCAACAACCGCCUAUGCCCGAUCCGGAAACGCAUCAGCUGGGUAAUUGGCGUGAACGUCACUACGUUGGAGCUCGACUGUAUCGAAGGAUUCACGGAGUUGCUUGAGGUGAAGGUGGACAAUCGCAAUACGGACGAUACGGAUCACGCACUCCCGCACAUGGCCUCCUCUGGGUACGUACUUUUCGCGGGUGCCAAGCGGUGCAACAACGGUACGAAGGCCAUGUUCAAUGGGUUGUGCAGCUAGUGGACGAUUUAGUGGUCAUUUUGUUUGCUAAUAGUUCCGAAAUGUCUAAGUGUAUUUGAGCAAUAAACAAACACAU